UACAGCGUUUGGAAGUAUGAGGAUGUCGUGAAUUGCUAUUGCAAACCAUUUCUUUACGUUUCUUAAGUCUUGUGAACUUAAAAAUGAUUGACUGUUAUUGCUUUAUCAGAAUGUGCUAGCUGCUUGUGUGUAUAUUUAUUUUCUUUCGUAAUGCCCACUCGAGUCCUUGGAGUGGGCGUUGGGUUGUUUAUCGUUAUAUUGCUGUGGGUGACGGCUGCUAUUCUGUGCUGUAUCUCUCUUCGGACGCAAAAGUAUAUAGGCGUAGCAGCGAUCAUUUUGGCCACUAUCGUUUCUUUAAUUUUAAUUUGUAUACCACGCGAGAGUGAGAACGAAGCGAUAUUUGAAACAGAAGGUCUUGUCAAGAUUUACGAUACUCUGUUCGUGUGGCGAGUCACGCUGGUAAUUCUGUUGGGCCUGUCAUCAGUUGCAGCGUUUCUCUCAUUCUUGUUCUUGUAUCUCAUGGAACCCAGAAGCGCCAAGGCGCUGGCACACUGGAACCGGUAACUUAACCGUCCGUCGACGUGUGUGCGUGUUUCCCGCAACCGUCCAGACGCCUAGGUGCGGUUGCAGAUGGCGGUUCGCGCGAUGCUGCUGGGUUCUUCAGCGCGGAUGCUGCGGCCAGCGAUCAAGGCCCUCGGGGGUUGCGCGGCCGAGAAGUUUUCCUGCUCGCCGGCCGGGAGGAAGGUGUACCAGGUGAAAGGCCCCGUGGACUUCGAGGCGAAGGUCCUGAACAGUGCCGCCCCGGUGAUUGUGAACUUCCACGCCGACUGGUGCGACCCGUGCAAGAUCCUGUCGUCGAAGUUGGAGGAACUGGUCCGGGCGCAAGACAACGUGGACCUUGCCGUGGUGGACGUGGAGAAGAACCCCGAGCUGGUGCACACGUUUGAGGUGAAGGCUGUGCCAGCCGUGCUCGCGAUGAGGAACGGCUUUGUCGUCGAUAAGUUCAUUGGCCUCAUGGACGCCGAAACAAUAGAGUCGCUCAUACAUAAACUUGUCAACAAACUAGAUACUUAGUUAUGUCUGCACUAUACAUAUAUAUACAUUAUACAUACAUACAUUGUACAUUAUACACAUUUUACAUACUCUCUAAUAUUGGAGUUCAAAGUUGGUUUUUGCCAUUUGAAAAUUAUAUUACAGUACGCAACCCUAUAGUAUUUAUUUUUGGUUUGAAUUUUGUGAAGUUUGAAAAGUAAAUUAUUUACUGUUUUUUUUUUCUUUUUUUUCUUUUCUUCCCAGUUGAAUGCGAUAUUAUGUGAUAGCACUUUUCAAGUCAAUUCGUUUAAAUUGCUUGACUGUUAUAUUAUUUGUGAGGUCUGCUUAGUAUCAGCCUGCCAUGCUGGUUUUAAAUUUAGUAAAUGGAAAUUUUCAGCAUGUUUCUUGGUAACAUUCUGCUCACAGUGGUUGGAAUUCCAUAACUUAAUCAAUAGCACCAAUGUAAGUGUGACACAUUUUUACUUCCAACUAACCUUGUGUAUCACCAUCAUGUGGUCUGAAUCUCACGUGAUUCAUUCGCUGACAUCAUAAAGCAAGAGCACAAAAUUUUUCGUGAAAUGAGUUAAAUAGUAGUGAAAUGUAUAUAUAACUAGAGAAAGUGUGUAGUUAGUUAGUAUGAAUGUGCUAAUACUAUCAUACAUUCAGGUGACUCUUCAUGUGACAAAAGAAUAUCAUAGAGUGAAAAUUGUGUACACAACAUAUAGGUAAUUAAGUAUUUUGAAGCAUAUGAGGCCUCAAUUUUGAGAACGAAUUGGCCAAACAAGUGGAUGGUAGCCAUUUCAUUACUCUUUCAAAAUCAAAUGCAUUGACUUCUGGAACGACAAAUUGUGGGUGGGCAGGCUCGUGCCUUCGUGUAAAUAACGGAAUGUGGUCUUAGUCCAAUGAAGUACGUGCAGAUUUAGGUAAUAAAGAGGUAUCAGCUGACAUCCAUGGUACAGAGACAAUUAUUUGUAACUUCUCAGUGACCUGAAUGGAUAGUGAUAUGUUGAGUUAAAGAGAAGGUUUUAUGGUUAUAAUUAAUAUGUUGGUCACAGACAUGUGUAAUGUAAACUUGGUAUAGUAAUUGAUGUAUUAGUACCAAAGUGAUUUAUAUUUACACCAUUUAUGUUGAAAUGGCAAGCAUCUUUUUCAUUUUUCAUCGGAAAAAUGUCAUAAGUUGCCUGUUUAUGUGUUAAUUGGAAAGGUUUUUUCCUUGAGACAGGUUACAAGGGUUGAUUGACCAUUUAAAAACUGCAUGGCAUGAGAUGGUUCUACUUCUAAGACUGCCACUUUGUUGUGGAAAUUGUUAUUUAGCUUAGACAAAAAGUGUGCCAUACCACUUGUGUUGCUUUAUUAAGAAACAAGUUUCACAUCUGUAAAGUAAGGCAGUGGUAUCUUGACCAUUUAAAAAAUGCAUGGCAUGAGAUGGUUCUACUUCUAAGACUGCCACUGUGUUGUGGAAAUUGUUAUUUAGCUGAGACAAAAAGUGUGCCAUACCACUUGUGUUGCUUUAUUAAGGAACAAGUUUCACAUCUGUAAAGUAAGGCAGUGGUAUCUUACAUGGCUCGAACACUUCCUUCAGAUAGUUUUUCACCAGUACUUAAGAAUUGUUGAUAAAAAAAAUGGGAAGGGAGGGGGAAGGAGAAAUUCCACUGAGUGACAGGUUUUUUUGAAAUAGUCUGGUUAUCGUAGAUUAUGUAAAAAUUUAAUAAAAAUUUAAUUAAGAUAACUGUGGCAAAGGUUUAAGUAAGGAUUUACAUCUCACAGCUAUGCAUAGAGACUUAAGGUGACCAUACCAUAGUAGUUAUAGCUGACUCUUAGGUACUGCUCAGUGCUCAUAAAUAUUUGAUUAAUACAGGGGUUCGGAUGUUGGGAUCGUACCUGAAAGCCUCACCACAAGUGAGAAGCAUUAGCAAUCACAGCCAGUGAGGAUCUGCUGCAGUAUCUGACUUGUUUUCCAGCAAAAAUGUUAACUCUUGUGUGAUUACUAGAGAUGUGCAGUAAUUGAUGAGGAAGGGAUUUUUUUAAGCUUUACUUUUUCAACAGCAAGGUUAUUUGAGAGAGUUAAGUACACAUGAUGACAGGCCAGGGAUAUUGGGAAGGGAAUCAACCAUGGCCUGUCAUCAGGAACCAUCCUAACAUGGGUUGGUUUUGAGAAACUGUGGCAAACUGAAAUCAGGAAGUUAAGAUUUGGGUUUGAACCCAGGUUCUCUGGAUUGCGAAUCCACUGUUACUACUGGGCUCCAUUCGAAGGAAUGUUAUGGAUGAUUAAAUUUUAUUUUUGCCGGAAAAUUCAAAAAAACCAGUUUCUGUCUGUCAAAAAAUAUCCCAGCAGCAAGAUAUGUAGGCCAAUGGUUCUCAAACUUUUUCGAUUGUGACCCUAAAUGAAACUCAUUCUUAAUGUCUUGCCUGACCUGGAUUUAUCCCCUCCUUACUGUUUGGUAAUAGGUAUUCAAGUGGUUAUAUUAUUGCCUCCCAAGAAUUGCUUAGUUUGGGUCACAAACCUGGGUUUGGGUACCAUUGUGUUGGCUGUACAGUGUACGUUAGUGCUUUAGUGCUCGCAUAUAUCUAUUUAUUUGGAUGUCUCAGUGUAUUAUUUUUUGUUAACUAAUGUGUAAAAAGGGUAGUAAUUUUGUAACAAAGGAUAAAUUUUUGUAUGUUACAAAAUUUUAAGGGAGUUUUAAUAUACAGUUUGUCAUAAUCAUGAGUGUUGGUAACAGAUUUUUGGAAAACUGGGUUAUAUCCCACAGUUCAGGGUGAUACAGCAUGAAAGGCACUGCCUUAAAAAUUGUAGUAAACAAGUUAGUGAGCUUAAAAUUGCUUUAAUUGCAGGGUGAAAAUGUAAAUUCUUUAGCUAUCUAGCACAAAAGUUACGCUUAAAACUUCUGAGAAGAAUACUGCUAUUAGUAUGUAACACUACUAUGUUGCCUUGGGAUUUGCCUGCAUAUAUAAAUUAUUUCUGUUCUGUGGAAUUGAUAAAAUUUAAUAGAUGCAGCAUAUUUUUUUUUACAGGGGCAAAUGAUUCAUUGAUAUUUCUGAGAGAAAAUAGCCUUGUUUACUAAUUUUUUUUCAACAAGGUUGUUUAGAGUAAAAUGGUUUGAAUGUAUUUUCUUGCCAGUUUUCUCAUGAUUGUGUAUAUGUGUGGAAUUGCACUUUAUGUUCAUUAAAGUUUUGGAUGUUGUACUAACAAGCUGUGAAUUUAAGUACUUAAAUAUUAAUUAAUCUUGUGUUUUUGAAUGCUAAUAACAUUUGUACAUAUGUACUUAAAAAUGCCAUAUUUUAAAAUAAAUUUUUAGCACUUGGAA